ACGUGAACGAACGGCUUUGUCGAUAACAAAAUAAAUACAUGAAUGCCGGCUCGGUAAAACUAUAACAAUAACGAAUUAUCAAUGAAAAUUUCAACGGAUAAUGUUAUAAUCGCAUUAAUCAGUUCGAAACUAUUAUUAUGUGUAUAUUACGGAACCUUAACAAGAAUUUAAAAGAUCCGAACGCAAAAAUUUUUUUAAAGUUUGUAAGUGUGCUUUGUGCAUCUAGUUUACCGUUUAUUUUCACUUUAAAUGGUGAUUUCGUUUUCGACGAUUCUGAAGCCAUUAUCAAAAAUGAAGCCGUUAAAUCUGAAUCCUGGCUAGAGUCGUUUUACACCGACUUUUGGGGCACCAAUAUCACGAGUGAUCUAAGUCACAAAUCUUACAGACCUCUCACGGUGUGGUCUUUCAGGCUAAAUUAUCUAUUGAGCGGAAACAAACUUUCUGCUGUGGAAUUUAAAGCAACCAAUCUUGUCUGCCACAUUAUCAGCUGUCUGCUUCUGUGGUGUACGUUAAGAAGUAUUUUAGGAAGAUUAAAGAAACAUAAAUGCAAAAAAUGCAUAGAUAUUGGUUGGUUAACAACAGUGGUGUUUGCUGUGCACCCAGUGCAUGUGGAAGCUGUGAGCGGCGCAGUGGGCCGCGCAGACCUACUGGCCGCCACAGCCUUCUUUCUAGCAUUCCUAUGUUACAACCAAGCUAUGACCAAGACAGGUCUGCAUUAUUUUUAUUUGACAGCCACAGUUAUAUUUGCUGCAAUGUCCAUGCUUUUUAAGGAAAAUGGCAUCACAGUUUUGGGUAUCUGCCUCUGUUAUGAUUUUAUAAUCAUAUGUAAAGAAGACAACACUUCAAGAUCAAAGAAGAAGAAACAGUUUUAUGAUAUACAAUUAUUACCUAGUGCAGAGGUAAUCAUAAGAAUCACAGUUACAGUACUAGCCAUAAUGCUGCUAUUGUAUGGCAGAUGGAUUGUGAUGGGAGGAGCACCACCAAAAUUUAAACCAACAGACAAUCCGGCGUCCUUCAGUGACAGCAAAAUGACAAAGGUAUUUACAUUCAGUUACCUAUAUGUACUGAAUAUCCUGCUGCUGAUUUGGCCACAGUGGCUGUGCUACGACUGGUCGAUGGGAUGUGUGCCUCUUGUUGAAGACCCGCUAGAAUACAGAGUGGUUUUUGUACUGGCAAUGUAUUUUUAUGGAGUGGCUGUAGUAAUAAAAUUCUUCAAAGCAAGAAGAAAGCGAGAUUCAUGGAUUAAAGUAAUGGCUCUGCUAUUACUGGGACUGCCAUUCUUGCCUGCUGCCAAUAUAUUCUACCCAGUCGGGUUUGUCAUAGCUGAGAGAGUGCUGUACAUACCUUCAGCUGGGUACUGUUUAUAUAUGGUUUUUGGCUUAAAUAAAUUAUGCCAUUACAAACUAGUAACCAAAAAGAUGGCAUCCAUUCCUUAUUAUGCGGUGACUUUUCUAAUAUGCAUUUAUGCAUUAAAAAGUUAUGAAAGAUCUUACGACUGGCAAAACGAGCAUGCUUUAUUUCUGAGUGGCGCAGAAGUCUGCCCUUUAAAUGCUAAAGUUCAUUAUAAUAUAGCUAAAGCAGCUGAUGCUAAACAUGAAUAUGAUUUUGCCUUGAUGGAGUAUAAAGAGGCAAUAAGGUUGCAUCCGAAUUACUACCAAGCCAUGAACAAUUUAGGUAAUUUACUUAAAAAUCAAAAGGUUUACUCGGAAGCAGAAUACUAUCUACGAAAAGCUAUUUUGAGGAAGAUCGACUUCCCGGCAGCGUGGAUGAACUUGGGCAUAGUGCUGGCGAGUACGGGGCGGUACGACGAGGCGCAGAAAUCCUACACGAACGCGCUGCGGUACCGCAGCAACUACCCGGACUGUCUCUACAACCUGGGGAACUUGUAUCUCGACACAAACAAAUCUGACCACGCACUAGAGAGUUGGCUGCAUGCAAUAAAACUGAAACCUGGACAUAGACUCGCAUGGACGAACAUACUCGCGCUAUUGGAUAACACAGGUCAAUUUGACAGAGCGCUUCAGAUAAUACCCCUCGCGAUUGCAUCGGUCCCUGAUGCGCCCUCAGUCCAGUUCGCCAUCGCGAACAUCUUCGGCAAGAUGGGACGUUACGAAGAAGCCGAGAAACACUUUCUCAAAGCCAUUGAGCUGUUUGGGCGGAGGGUGCAGGCAAUACAUUAUGCUAACCUAGGCGUACUAUAUCAUCGGUGGAAGAAGUACAGUGAUGCCGAACGAAUGUAUAAACGUGCUUUGAAAUUACAACCAAAUUUUAAAAGUGCUCAGAAAAAUCUUGAAACACUGAAACGGUUGACUUUAGUAACAUAAACGUUAGAUAUUUUUAUCGCUUAACUUAAUUCUACUAUUUAAGGUAUCUUUAUAUGUACAUUUUGAAAAAAAGGUACAUAAUUUACUGAAUAAAUACUCAUUGUGGUAAUUAAAUAUUUUUUC